GGGUGGUAGGAUCUGGUGGGAUACAGCCUGUCGCAACUCAGUCCAGUUCAAGUCCAUUCAGCCAUUUCAGCUAUUUCAGCUACUUCAAGCUGUCCUGUCUACUCAGCUUCUCUGCUUACCUAUGUUCUCUUCCCAUCUGGUUAUCUUUGCUUAUCCUUGUUUAUCUCUGUUUAUCCCUGCCUAUCUCUGUCCGCUUCAAUGCAUUCUCAGUUAGGUUUGUGGGUGAGCCAUGACGACCAUGGAGGAGCUACAAAUCGAAGCAAAUGAAUGGCUGACUACCUUGGAGGAAGGACGCAGAUGUCUACAGGUGAUUGUGAGGGACAUGUCUUUGCGGUUGCGAAUAGAGCCAGAGGUCGAUGGGGGAGCGACCGCUCUGUCUGAGUGGAUAAAGGAGAAGAGCGAAGACAUGUUGGAAAUCAUCUGGGUGCAGGAGGAGGGGCCGGAUCCCCGGCUUGACGUCUGCAUCGAUUGGAGGAGGGCAGAUGGCAUUAUGUCAGUUUGCAAAACCCUCUUUGAGGAGAGUCGCUAUCUGUAUGACCGUCUACAUGAACGGCUGGCGGGCAUCAUCGAUCGUGAGGACGAGCGCGAGGUGGCAGCGGCAACAAUGGAUGGGGGCGAUAACAACAUCAGUGACAAUCUCGACGGUGGUGAGAACACCGUCAACAACAACAACAACAACAGCAACAACAACAACAACAACGACAACAACAACAGCAACAACAACAACAACAACAACAACGACAGCAACAACAACAACUACAUCAACAUCAACAACAACAUUAAUAACAAUGAUGAUGACGAUGACGGCGGCUACAACGACGAAGACGACAACGGCGGCCAAGUUCAAGGGAGCAACAGUGUGGCAAUUCAUAUGUGGGUGGCUGAGAAUGGCAUCACCGCGAUGGGAGGGAUGGGUAGUGAUGAUGAUGACAACAUCGUUGAGCCGGAAGGGGCUUUCUCCCUCACCAAUCUUUUCCUCUGUGUGGUUUGGUGGAGGUUAGGGGUGGGAUAGAUGGGGCUGAUUGAUAUUGCCCGGCCUGCGAUAUCAAUCAUCGCCGGGGGGCUGAUGGUGUGCCAGAUCAGACAUCUUUCGUCAUUGAUAGAACUUUGAUUCUAGAUUUGGUUCAAAAAAGGCCAUAUAAACAAUCAAUAAUUUGACUGAUA